AUGACAACUUUGCAAAGACUGCUGCUUUCGUGUGUUGUUCGGGCUUUUUAUUCCCUCCCGUCUCCCCGAGGGCUGGCGUGUCGGCGAGGAUUUGGCGGAGGGGUUAACAGCCGCCCUGCGUUUCAGAGCUCGGAGCUUUGUCACUGCGUAGUUCGCCAAGUGGGGAGCGGUGACGCAGUGAUCAUUGCAGGGCACGCCGGGCGGCUUUUCAAAGCACCGGGGGGACAGGUACGCGCUGCCUUCCAGACGCUUCCACGCCAGCUGAAAGGGGUUAAGGAUGAGUCGAGACGGGAAGCCAGCGUUUGGGGAUUAAAUGUCAUCAUUUUGGCGUUGGGAAGUUGUUUACCUUGCUCUCGCCGUGUCUCCGUGCUGGCAGCCGGCCAGCUCCCAUGUGAUAGUCUUCCCUGUACUGCUGCAUCAUUAACCGGGGGCCGGGGCCGGCUCCCCAUUGGCCGGGGGAGGGCUCUCGGCCCCAAGGCGCCGCGCCAUUGGCGGAGGAGGCGCUGGCAGGUGAAAAGCCCUCGCGGAUUGGCCGAGGGCUGGGUGUCAAAUCUGAACGUUGGCUGCGCUCGCCGCGAGCGCUGCUGCCGGCCGUCGGCUGCGGUGACCAACAAUGAAGAUGGGCAACUGUGCCUGGAAGUUCUGAGGACACAACCAGCUUUGAGCUUGGUCCUUCUGGCCGAGGAAGUCACCCGGUUAUGCAGUGGAGUGGUACAGUGGAGAUGGAGGAUUUGCUCUUUCAACCUGCAGCCAUGCACAAGAUCUGUCUUCCUCUGGAAGCUGGUUUCACAUGGUGGCUUAGAUUUUCCCACUUUGUAUCUAGCACCAUUUGAAAUCAGUGUUCUAGGAGCAAGAAUUACAGCGUGGGAGGAGACCAAGCAGCUGCUAACUUCACUGACAGCCUAUACUCCUUAAAACAGCACUUUUUCCAAUCAUUAAUUUUUCGACACCCAUCCAUUUUGUAACAUCAUCUGAUUUCUAGACACUAUACAAUCACUGUAUGCACCCUCUCAAGCUAGGGCCACAACAGGAAAGUCUUCCUUCAAAUGUGUUUUACUUAAUAAAUGAUGGCUAUGAGUUAAAGUUGUCCAGAGUUAAGUCAUCCGAAAGUUGCAUGGAAACCAACGUAGUACUUCUUGCAUGUCGAGAGGCAAGGAGUGCAUUCCCUUUACUAUACAAUCGCUAGGACCCCAACAAGUAAUUUACUUAGAGCAAACGUACUUUCGCUGUGUGCUUGGGGAUCUUCCCGUCACAGCGUCAUCAUUCCACAGCUUCCAGAGACUUGCUCUGCAACCACAGAAACUCCCUCUGACAGUUUGAUCUGGGCAGUUAACAGACCCAAUGCGACUUCAGGAAUCGUGCUGAAGUCGCACCGAUGCACACAGAAUCCACUCCUUUUCCUAUUUUUUUUUUUUUUUUGAAGCUUACUGUUGUUGCCUUCCAGCAAUGUUUUGGUAGACCUGUAUAACUUUGCAUCCAAACCACUAAACUGAAGCUGAACUAUUUUUGCCUGACCCCACCUGCACAAACAUGCUCAUAUACACAAAAGGAUGGUCGCUGUGUGGAUGAAGCACAUGAUCAGACCACCGAAUAGUCUUCUUUAAGAAUGCGUAGCUGUCAUCUACAAGAGGAUUCUUCUCUGAGCCAGGAAAAUGUCUCUUACACAGGCUGACCGAUUUCUCUUGGUGUUCAGAGUCUCAGUUUUUGUCUAGCACCAUUUGAAAUCGGUUAUGAUGUAGGGGGAAAAGCAACAAUAAUGGAAAACUUCAUUCCCCCCGCCCCCAGAGUCCUUAUAAAUAAACGCCAUCCGAAGUAUGAUCGUGCUUCACAAACAUGUAUGUUAUGCUCUUCUGUUCUCUGACCUAAGUUACACCUACAGGCCGAACCACCCGCACAAAAGGAGGACAGUCAGCAUCCCGUUCAACUAGGAUGGAUGCUUAAAGAGAAAACGAAGCAUCUGUUCAAACACCUAACAAAGAUUCUUCAACUCAAGCAAGCCAGGGCCCUUCCGUGACAGCACUGCCACCUGCCCUUCCGACCAGUUAUAUUCCUUGUGCUCUUUGUUUGCCUUAACCUGUUAUCUACUCAGACUUUUUUUUCUUUUAAAUAAACUUGUGUGCUACUUGGUAUUGGGCUCUGUCUCAGGUAGACAGAUUACGUGCUUCCCUGCUGGACGAUAUCCAAUUGCUUCAAGUAUCACUUCAGUCCCCAGCUUCACACCCACCACACUGCACGAACCAUGCUCGAAGGCGAGCAUUUACACCGAUUUUAGUACCACUGAGAAGCCUGCCAACCACCACCACGCAGCUGGAUUUACCAGUAGAUGGCAACACAACGCCUUUGUUACACCCGGCCUGUUUGUUAGCACAAAGUUCAUGUGCUCACAGUGCAACGUGCCUUGGUAUUACCAGUUCGAUUCUAGAACAGUUCACGUUUUAGAAAGAGAUAUAUAGCUCACGACAAUCAGGACAAAAUCAUUUCUAGUAUCGAUGUCAAAGUUGCCCAGUAGCUGCCUAUCCUCCUACCCAUGCUCACAGGACUCCCUAAACUUUAUAUAUAGUUUCUAAAGCUGUACAGUCUAUGUACCGUCAUCGCUUGCAGUCCGUACCAACUAAUUUGAGAACCACAAAUUAAAAGAUGCAGCAUAUUAUUUUACUAGUCCAUUCUCUGAAAGUUUAUGCCUUCACAAGGCAGCUGACUACACAUUUCUUUGCAAAGAAGAUUAAGCUCAUUUCAAGCGUGAACCUCACACAACUCAAAAUAAUCACAUUCUACUUAACAUUUUACUUAAAAACACCCAAGCAAUAUUUCCCUAAAGAUUACAGCUGUCACCCCCUGGACAAAAGUGCCAGGGCACUUCACGGGCUUCGCUCCUGACGCAGGGUUACAUCAGAACAACCACACGAUAAGCUGCCUCUUCUCCAUCAAGUUUGGUAAAAAUUGAUGUUCACGAGUGAACACUUAGGUUUUGGAGGUUCUAGGAAACCCUCUACGCUUCCAGAAGAGGAUCAAAAGACCACGAACUGCUCAGGAAAUUAAUGCACAUUCUCUACACUAUGCAUCCAGGUGUUUUAAGUAGUUUUCCACACAAAGUGCAAACUUCGAUCUCAACAGUUACCACCUAAUGCAAAUUUGGUACGUGAAAAGUUAUCUUCAAGAAAAAAAUGGAAAGCAGCUGUGUACCACAUGAUGAAUGAAAGACAAACACGGCUAAAAACACAGUAUUUUUAUUUGCAAUAUUACAAACCAUCACUAGUCUUUACAUUGGGGAAAAUAUAAAAAUAAAGCCACCUUUUACAGUUAUUUCACUUUAGCGAUAAGUGCGUUGCAGCAUAUUUUAAUAUCGGAGAUGCCACACAUAAGCUGUCUAACAACCGACACGCUCAAUUCCCAAUAUAUUAGAAUAUCAGAGUAAUUACAAACAAUUAUCAAACUAGGUAUCAGCUAUUCAAACGACUACGAACAACAAGUACUUCUGUGCAGCCAAAAGCCCUCUUUAAAUAACCCAACGCUGUUAUGAACUCUAACAAUACAACUGCUGGGAUUGUCCCAAAGUGCCUAAGAAACCCUAAAUAGUUUGAUGAUGUUGAGACAAUCCGUUCACCACAGGGGACAGCAGUGCCAAUCUACCACAGACAAGAACAGCUUAAAUGCUGCCUCAGCCAUCUUAAGUGAGGCAAUUUGUUUUUUUCUGGGGAAACUGGUUCUUACAAGCUGCCUCUAUGUUGACAGCAAACUCGGAGAUUCACAAAGCCAAAACCUGCCCUAAUUUAGCUUUUGGUUUUAAUAACAAACAGAAAUAGCUAGUAGGCAUUUAAAGUAACAGCUAUCAGUGCAUGUCUGAGCCUCAGUUCAAGGUGAAUUCUGUGAUGGGAGCUCCUGGAGUCACCAUCUCGACCAAAAACUUUCAUAGCAUGGCUGGCUACCUGAAGACAGACCACGUCUUCCCACAUCGCCAACAUACCCGUUCCUUCGCUCCUGCAACUAAGGUGGCUUGGUCUUCCCUUACC